GCCCUGACUAUGAUCACUUGACUUUUUCUAUGUCGCCAUGAAUGCCUUUGCCCUGAGCGGGUCAUCCGGCUGCACAGCCAAUCCAGUUCCCGUACGCAUAGGAUUUACUGGUCGCUGUCAACUUGCGGGACAUGCUCCCGCAAGACGUGCUGAAGGUCGUCGGAGCACUUUUCUGGCCUUGGCUAUCCUGUGGAAGUCCUCAAGAAGGCGACUCAAUGCUGCUCGCAGCUCUGGCAAAGGAGCAGGAGAGCUUGUAGAGCAAGUACGUGACACGUUACGAAGGUAUGGGCAGCCACUGCAGCUCUCCGUCUUGGGCUCUGCUGUGGACUGGACUGCCGAGCAGCGUGCGAAGUAUGGGCGGCUAGCUAGCUUCCUGCGCCGCCAGCCGGAGCUGUGGCUGUCCGGUGGCUUCGUCGGUGAGACCACCCUUCGCGAUUGGCAUCCGCGAGAGCGAUGUCCACCGAGACCACUGCACGAGCUGCGAGUCUUGGAGUUCUUCUCCGGCAUUGGAGGGUUUCGAGCGGCCUUCCAGCAAGCAUGUGGAUUGGCAGGACACGAUGGAGACUCGAUGUCUGAAUGGGUCAACGUCGAGUCAUCGCCGCUGGCCAAUGAGGUGUACAGCUGUAACUUCAAUGUCCCCUAUGGACCCUUGCUGCCCAAGGAUAUUCGCAGAGUUGCAAAAUCAGAGGUGGAGGGAGCAGAUCUUUGGUUGAUGUCUCCGCCAUGUCAGCCGUACACGCGCAUGGGUCUACGUCGUGACCUGGAGGACGGUCGUGCCAAGCCUUUGCAACACUUGGCUCAGCUGCUGCCAACGUUGGAAAGACCGCCAGAGGCGGUCCUGCUAGAGAACGUGGUUGGAUUCGAGAACUCGGCCUCUUUUGAGCUGAUCUCUGAGGCACUAUGUCGGGCUGGACUGGAGGUGCGGCAUUUCAGCCUGAGCCCUUUACAACUUGGCAUUCCGAACCGGAGACCUCGGAUUUACCUCAUGGCCUUUCAGUCAGAACAACCUCGUGUGCACCCUUUGGAAACAGAAUUCCCGGGACUUCUGGAAUCUCCAGAGAAUCGGCAGUUAUCUGAGUACUUGCAACUGCAGAAGGAGCAUCAAAGUGUGCCAGAGCGACUGCUAGAUCUUCUCUGGGAGAAAGGGCAAAGAUGGGAGGUUGUCACUCCAAACAGCACGAGCUCAUCCACUUUUACGUCAGGAUACACUACGCCCUGCUUUGAUGCUCACCGCUUCGGGCCUCUGCUCGCUACAGAUGCUGAAGGCCGCCCCGAAUUGGAGCCACGACACCUGCCCGGUGGUCGUGUCCAACGGCUGGUUGCACCAGGAGAGGAUGUGAGGUACUUCACCCCGCUGGAGCUCUUGCAAAUCCACGGCUUUCCAAAGAGUUUUCACUUCCCGGAGACGGUGACCGAACACCAGCGCUACAAGCUCAUUGGCGACUCGAUUAGCGUGGAUGUUGUGGCGGAGCUGCUGCGAUAUUUGUUGUUUGAGAAGAUCAAGGCAGCUAGCUCCUAGCGUCAAGCAGGCGCUGAGAAAAGGAGCAAAGGCAAGUCACGCCUUGCUCCAGCAAGUCACGCGCUGACUGCUUGGCUCAGAGAACUUUCACUCGUGCGGCUGGACUCGGCAUUUUUCGGAAGAUCAUCAGAUGAAGGGCUCCGUUUCGCACCAAGCACCAGGCAGAGCGAGAUAUGCGAACGCUUCUCCGGUUUGAUGUUUGCUGGCUUCGUCAUGGCCUGUGCAUCAAGGGCGCUUUCAUUGCCGAUAUCGAGCUUGGGGAGCUCUUCAGAAAAGAUCAAGAUCGGGAGCUGCGGCUUUCGGCUGGAGCUUACCAGUUUCGCUGGCGACUGACACUCUACACGAUGGGGUCUCCAUUUGAGCAUUGCACACUAGGGUGACUUGAUGGACGGCCUUGACCCAAAGGGGGCAAGUAGUCUCUCUCCAUUCCUUUUGUAGAAGAGUUGGGAUCAUCUCUUUCUGCAAGAGCAAGAUAAAUUGCACAGAAAAUUAUAGAAAAUCAAUGUCUGC